GUAGCAAACAGUUGGACGGAGCGGGUCGUCCGAGAGUGAGUUCGCGUAUAGAAAAAAAACAACACUGGGUGUGUCGUCGUCGGUGUGUGUAUAGAAUAACGUGCUAAACAGGGAAACCAUCUACCAAGCCGUAGAGAGAGCGUAGUGCCAUUUUUUUUGUGGUUAUCUUGUUUGUUUCAAUUAUAAUACUGCCGGGUGAUUAUACUACUACUGCACGUGAUGUGCGAACGACGGGUUCACGAUCAAGGAUAGCUUCUUUCAGUGUGUGCAAACAAGGCCGACAGGAUGUAAAUCAUCAUCUCCCCGACAUCGGAAAACAAGGACAAGGUUUCAGUGCGUGUGUGUGUGUGUGGUUGAGUGUGAAGUGAAAGAAAACAGCUGAACAAAACACACCCACCCCCACCCCCAACAAGGACGUGAGCGAUCAUUCACAUUCCGAGCGUCAAGUGCAGCGAAAAAUAAUCAUCUUUAAACGGAAAUAUUCCAUUCCAACAGGAGUGUGGUUCGAGGGGGUUGAGGCGUGACGUAAAUACUACUUGUUGUGGGCCGUGUGUGUCACGUGUGAUAGCCCCGAAGUAGACAACGAACGCAGUCUCUGUGUGUGUGUGUAGUGCGCGGAGUGUUUAUAAAGUUUUAAAGCUACAAAGCAGCAUUUGUUUUGUUGGGUAAAGCCUUAGAAGAAAACAAGUAAAAAAAGGAUAGAUUUUCUUGGUGAUUGUGAUAGGAGGAAACCAGCAAAAACCAACAACAACGACAUCAAUUUCGCAACCUCCAAAGAUGAAUCUAUCGUUCGCCGGGUGCGGAUUCCUCGGCAUCUACCAUGUCGGUGUGGCGGUGGCGUUCAAGAAGUACGCGCCGCAUCUGCUGCUGCACCGGAUCAGCGGUGCGUCGGCCGGUGCCCUCGCCGCCUGCUGUCUGCUCUGCGACAUGCCGCUGGGUGAAAUGACGUCAGACUUCUUCCGCGUUGUCAAUGAGGCCCGGUCCCACUCGCUCGGCCCGUUCAGCCCGCGGUUCAACAUACAGACCUGCCUGCUGGAGGGGCUGCAGAAGUUCCUGCCGCCGGAUGCGCACGAGCGCGUCAACGGCAAGCUGCACAUCUCGCUGACCCGCGUGUACGACGGCAAGAACGUGAUCGUGUCGCAGUUCAACAGCCGGGAGGAUCUACUGCAGGCUCUACUGUGCGCGUGUUUCAUACCGGUGUUUUCGGGCCUGCUGCCGCCCCGCUUCCAUGGCGUGCGCUACAUGGACGGUGCGUUCUCCGACAAUCUGCCCACGCUGGACGAGAACACGGUCACGGUCAGCCCGUUCUGUGGCGAGAGUGACAUCUGCCCGCGCGACAACAGCUCGCAGAUGUUUCACGUCAACUGGGCCAACACCAGCAUCGAGCUGUCGAAGGAAAACAUUAACCGGUUCGGGCGCAUCCUCUUCCCGCCGAAGCCGGAAAUACUGUCCUCGUUCUGUCAGCAGGGCUUCGACGAUGCGCUCAACUUUCUGCACCGCAACAAUCUGAUCAGCUGCACGCGCUGCCUGGCCGUGCAGUCGACGUUCGUGGUCGCGGAGCAGCCGUCCGCCAGCCUGGAGGAGAAGAUCCUGGAGGAGUACGAUCCGGAGUGUAGCGAGUGUCAGGAGUGUACGCAGCACCGGAAGAAUGCGCUCGUCGGCAGCAUGCCGGACAAUGUGCUGACCGUGUUCCAGACGUACAUCGAGCAGGCGAACAAGGGUUUGAUCAACUGGGUGUUUCGGCACCGGGGCGGCAAGCUGCUGACGGCCCUGUCCUUGCCGGCAAUCCUGCCCGCCGACAUUGUAUGUGCCACGCUGACGAAUAUCGUUGGUGGCAUAAUCGAGCAGCGACAGUUCCGCCACCAGGUGCUCGGCAAUGUCGUCUGCCCGACAGAACGUCCAACAGUUGGGCACCGCCAGCACCACCACCACCACCGGCACCACCAACAGCAGCACCACCGUACCAAAUGUUGUAACCAUUUUGUAUGCUCCUCCUCUUCCUCCCCGUCUCGAACGAUCGUUCCCCUUCCGUUUCCUCUCGACAGACUGGCAACGUUGGCCGUCCCCGAUCGGAUGCGCUUCCUGGCGCAGCUCGAGAACCGUCUAGCGUACCGGCUGAUGGGUGCCGCACCGUCGAUAGGCAAACAGAUCUGGGCGAUGAGUGAGUUUGUGCUGAAGAACCUGAACACGAUCCUGCUCCGGGUGCGACGGCGACAGAAGCAGCAGCAGCAGCAACUGACCGCGAACCUCCAGUGCCAGAUAGCGCUUACCGAGUACAACCAGAGCCAGCAGCAGCAGCAGCUGCAGCAGCAUCAUCAGCACAGCCAUCGCAGUUCAAUCAUCGACAUGCGAAUGGAGGACGGCAAACCAUUCGGCAAAGAAAUUACCCCCAGCUACAGCUCCGCCGGGCAUCAUUCGGCGAUGGGCGACCUCGAUACGUUCGAUCACAUCCUGCAGGUGUCGUCACACCACGACGCCAUGUACGCUUACUACUAUAUGGACGAAGACAAUAAGGUUAAGGUGACGGAGAUAUUCGACAUGAGCGAAAGCGACAAUCCUGCCCUGCAAACGGCCAACGAGCUCGAGGUGAACCAGCAGCUGGAGUUCGAUACCGACUGGGAAACGACACAGCCAGGUACUGCUGCUGGGCGGAAGAAGCGUUAUAGUUGGACGUCCACCAUGGCACAUUGUAUUUCCUCUACGCCAACUCGUACGGUGGAGACAAUAUAAUUGACAUCGAAGAGUUUAUCGAUCCCAGCGUCUUUAUGAGCGGCAACCAUCAUCAUCUCAUGAGCGGCAAUAACAACAACAACAACAACAACAACAACAAUGGUACCAACGGAGGCCCCAACACACUGUCCCAGUAUCCGAUCAACCCGUGGGAAUGCUCGCAGGUCGAAAUCGAGGAGCUGUCGGCGGACUUUAACGAUCCCUCGCUCGAGCCGGAAGCGGACCAGCAGACGAGCCUGAUGUCGGAGUCGGCCACCCUGCUGCUGAGCAAACCGCCCUCGUCCUACUCGAUCGAGAUGUAGAUCGUGUGUCGGUACAGAGCCAGACUUUUUCUGAUGGCAUGAAACAGAAAACCCAAGCGGCGCGCGCGCCCGACGCGACAAAUGGCGCAGGUAAAGGAGAAUCGGAGGUGCCUUACCUACUACUAGUACUACUACUACUACUAACACUGCUACUGCUGGCUCUCGUCUGGACGAGACAGAAUAUGGGGCCGCUGGCUCUCCCACGAAAGCAAAAUCGUGCAACGGAAACGUGUUACCGGAAUGAUAUUACCAUUUAGUAGCGACCAAAGUUACCUUUUCUUGAGGGUGGCGCAGUGGCCCCACCGCGCUCCCUUCCGUGCGUGCCUGCCAUGAUGUGGUGGAGGCAGUAAGCUUCAAAAGCCAAAGCGUAACGCCAAGAGAGCAACCCGACCAGCCCCGCGCGUGUGCCAUUGCUCGUACACUCGAUUGGCGCGUGAAAGAGAGAGAGAGAAAGAUACGCGGGACCAAAAGCGCGGAGACUUCUCACCAUAUCAAAAGACUUAGCAAACGUUUACAUAGAGAGAAACACAUACACUUACACGCCUACAGAGCGCGGAUUAGUAGAGGAGCCACGUGUUUUGGAAACGAUAAUAGCUGCAAGCGCUGAACUAGUAGGAAAGGUAUUUUGCACGUAGGCAGGAACCUAUCGUAUUUUGCUCUGGUGACGGUCAGCUGAGGCUCAAUCGAUCCACGGUGUGUAGUGCGUGGUGUAUAUGGAACCACCGGAAGCGUACCUAGAGUAUUUUGUUGUAUUUUGGUGGAAUCGAGCAUGCAGCGCCAGCCUUUACCAAAACAGAUUGUCUGAGGACGAGCUGCAAGCGCUGAAGAUGGCAUGAUCGGACGAUCGCGUAAUAAUGGUGCAUAGCUAAUUUUAACCCUUAGAAUUAUUUUUUAUUUUAUCUCCCUUCUCUCUCUCACACACACACUCUCUUUUUAUCAUUCAAUCAUUAUCUGUACAAUAUACCAUUCUCCCUGCUGGUGUGGAGAAUUUUUAAGUGUAAAAAAUAAUCGCAAAAAAUCAUACAAAAAAAAGAGAUAAUAAUUCGUACACAGCUUAAGACAGCUUGCAAAAGAGGCAACUUUUAACCGAGAUGUGAUUUACGGUGGUGCGUGUGUUAUGGUUCUUUAGGUUAGCGCGAACGCGAUCGGUUAAUUUAUCAUCCCUUCCCUCUUUCGCUUUGAAACGCUCCUCCCUUUCCAACUCGUCGCCACCGAAUGAUAUUAGACCAAGGGGGCUCGCAGGGGGGGGUAGGUGGUGUCGCUGUGAGGUGUGGUAUAGCAGCGAGCGACAAAAGAACAAAACAAAAAACCGCGAUUUUCACAAAAAGGCUGUGCAAUAGAGAGAAGAAAAACAAAGCUGUUUUGUUUAAAUUAAUCGUGAAAAGGGGGUAAGGCGAAGCGAAAUGGAUGGGCGGCAGAGUGUGGCUGUGCGCCAAAAGGGAGGUAGUUAUGCUUUAAACUUUUUUGCUGGUGUGCUAGAAGGAUGGGGGUGUGCACUCUGUUGCCAUGAGGGAAGAGAAAGGAUUUUUUGUUUUUGGGUUUUAAAAAGGACCUCGUGAGUUAGACCAGAAUCGGACAAGCAAGAAGGCGAAAGCAAAAACGACAAGAGAGGGAGGAAACCAUUAUGUGUAUUUUUACAAAAAACAAGAAAACAGAUUUAUAUGUGUAAAAUUAAACGAUCCUUUUGUGUCCCACCCAGUUCCUAGCGCGAGGGAAAAAUGUGACAGUUUGUUUAUUUAUAUGUACGGUUGAAACUAAGUGCUAGGUGUAUUUUGCGAAAAUAAAGAAACGCCAAAAGUAACGAA